CUCUGAAGAUCAGAGCCAGAAGGUGAACAUCGUUACAGGAUUCAUCAUGAUGUCUGAAAGUCCAGCAGGAUGCCGAGUGCUUCUCCUGGUCAUCGUCAUCCUGCUGUAUGUUGAAGGAAUAUUCUACAUUUUGUACACCCAGUCGCUGUCGUGUAAGAGCACACCCACAUUACACGGCAACAUCGCUAAAAAAGAUGAAGAAGCUCUACGAACUGCAAACCAGAUCCUGCAGGACCAGGACCAGGACCAGGACACGGUGGUGUUGGUGUGGAAGUGGCCGUUUGGACACGAGCUGAAGCCGAGUUCCUGCAGUGAGCUGUUCCACAUCACUGGUUGUCGCCUAACAGAUGACCGAGGCGAGUAUGAGGAAGCUCAUGCAGUCAUGUUCCACCACAGAGACAUCUACAGAAACCUCUCGGAGCUGCUGAGGAUGAGGAGACCACCGUUGCAGCAGUGGGUGUGGAUGAACAUGGAGUCUCCCGGGAAUUCUCUGAGACUGGCUUUGCUGGACGGCUUGUUCAACUUGACGGUGAGUUAUCGCAGAGAUUCGGACGUCUGGGUUCCUUACGGGAGAAUCGUCCCAGCAGCCAAGGAGCUCUGGACCUUUCAGAUUCCACCCAAGGACAAAUUAGUGUGCUGGAUCGUCAACAACUGGAAGUCGAACCUUAGAAGGGUCCAAUAUUUCAACAAAUUACGGAAACACAUCCGGGUUCAGGCGUACGGCGGGGCCUUUAAAAAACCCCUAAGUCUUGAAGAGUAUCAUAAAACCUUGUCCAGCUGUAAGUUCUACCUUUCAUUUGAGAACUCCGUCCACAAAGACUACUUCACAGAAAAGCUGUUUAACCCUCUGAUAUCUGGCACAGUUCCUGUGGUUCUCGGUCCACCCAGGGAGAACUACGAGGAAUUCAUUCCAGCAGAUUCAUUCAUUCAUGUGGACGACUUCAAAUCUCCUCAGGAACUGGCAGAACAUCUCAAAUUUCUGGACCAGAACCAGGAGGUUUAUGAACGCUACUUUACCUGGAGACAACACUUCACUGCUAAAGGUUCAUAUUUUGGUCUUGAACAGGCUUGUCGUAUUUGUGAUCAUAUAAAAAAACACAAAGACUACAGAGUGGUUAAAAAUCUCAGUAAAUGGUACUGGGGUUAGUUAGCAGGUCGCUAGCAGGAGAUCUGGGAAAGUGGAAUAUUGGAGGUAGGUCUUUUCUUUUUUGAAAAGACAAAAAAGCACAAAAAGUAAACAAAGAGUUUAAAAAUCACAAUAAAGGUAAACAGCUCUGGGGUUCGCUAGCAUUUCACUAAACAGAACAGUGAGAGAAUUUAAAAAUAAAU